ACAAAGCGCGGUUGACCGACGCCACCACGUCAACAACGCACGGCCAGUGUCCGCCACAGCCGGCCAUUGUGACACGCUACAAUCGCCGCUCUCUGGCGACCGCCGCGCACCGCCGCCGCUCGUGAGCCGCACGAUUGUCGCGCGCCGCCAUGGCUUCUGCGCCAACGGAGGAGGCCACCGACGACGGCGACAAGGGCAUCUACGAGGCCGUCUCCAAGGUGCUGGAGGGGUAUGACUGGACCCUAGUGCCCAUGCUCAACAGAGCGUCGGGGCGGGGCCGGUCGCACGUGAAGCGUCCCAUGAACGCCUUCAUGGUAUGGGCGCAGGCGGCCAGGAAGAAGCUGGCAGACCAGUACCCGCAGCUGCACAACGCUGAACUCAGCAAGACGCUCGGCAAACUGUGGAGGCUCCUGAGUGACGCCGACAAGCGGCCGUUCAUCGAGGAGGCCGAGAAGCUCCGGCGUCAGCACAAGAAGGACCACCCCGACUACAAGUACCAGCCACGCCGUAGGAAGGCGCUGAAGGGUCCCACCGGCGCCGCCAGCCAGCAGGGCAACACAGUCGUCUUCAACAGCAGUCGCCAGCUCGGCGAUGGUGCGGAAGCCGCUCGGCUGCUGUCAUCGCAGGGUCAGGGGCAAGGUCACGGUCCCCCCACCCCGCCAACUACGCCACAGGGGGAGCUGAUGAGGGACAACAAGCAGGCCAUGGGUUUCUUGCAGGGCAGCGGCGGGCUGGGCUGUUACCCGCAGCGGGCUGCCGGUCUGACCCGAGGUCAGUGCACGGCCGCCUCGGCGCCGGCCGCCUGCGCCGCCCUCGGCCGUUCCGUCAUGGGUCAGCCCUCGCCGGAGGACACGGCCAAGGUCUCUUGGGCCAGGGACGAGGCAUUCCGCGCGCACGCGGCCGCCGCCGGCGCUGGCUACUCGGCCGAGAACAUGGCGUACUACCAGAAUUUAUAUCAGUACCCCAGCCAGAGGCCGUACGACGCCAACGACCCGUGGACAUUUAUGUAG